AUGCGCAGAUGGUUUGAGCAGAGCCGGUUCAGAAGACAUCUGCACUGCUUCGCUCGUAGAUCAGAAUACCCUCCGAAGCCGGUCUCGCACUCUGACAUAUACCUGCCGUCAAAUACACCAUCUCCAUCUCAUGUCUCGACCUUCCGUACUCGGCCGUUAUCCCCGGUGCGGCUGCCAAAGCCGCAUGCCUUACCUGCGACAUCAAGGGACCUCGGAGUGCAGUCUGCUCAGACACAGAGAUGGGCAUGGGGGUUUUCAAGAGGAUACACGAGAGUGACAAAAGCCCAGAAGAAGAAGCCUGAAUACUGGAUCUCCUUGUUGGAGAGCUUUCUUUCCAAAGACGUGGGCCUCUCUUUCCGGGGCGACGCUCGAACCGACUUCGACGAACGAAAGGACUUUGAUGAUGUGCUCAAGAUCCUACAAGAUGCAAAGUCUUUCACAGGAGUUGAUCUUCUCGCAUUUAUGGUUCUUGGUCAAGGUCGACACAAGGCCGUUGUGUGUCUGGUAGAAAUCUUGUUGAAGCCAGCGGAGUCACUACCGGGCUCUUCUGUGGAGCAGACGUUGCCUUCUAAUAUCGCCUGGCCGCAGUUCUCAUUCUCAAAACUCGUCAAGCAGCCAAUAGAGCUCGAUGCGGCCAGUCAUGUGAAAAGGCAGUCUAUGUCGAAUGCUCACCUGAACUGGGACAGCAACGUUGGCGAGACGGGCUAUGAAAGAGUCAUGCCUCUCCUCUGGCAAUCCUUGGCCGAACUUAUCAUUGCUUCAAUUCGACAAUCCCCGGAAGAUGCCAAACGAAUCAUGCACACGGUGCUCCUGAUCCUCGCCAAAAUCCAUCAUGUUGACUUGAUCCCUUCGGCCGUGUACACCUAUGCUAUGCCAAAGGCACCAACGAAUAUACAGCAGUCGCCAAUAUUGAGUCUGUUGAAUUCAAGAAUUCUCUCUACUCUGUCGGAUGCAGUUUGGCAGGCGCAGCAAGAGGAUGAACUCGCUCGAGCGGCUGCUGGGGAUUCUUCCCGACAAGAUCUGACCUACGAUGAGGCACUACCGGGCGGCCGCUUUCGCCUCAAGCUCCGGGAACUUGGUCCAGAAGUCUGGAUCGAGUUCAUUCUCUGGUGUUGUGUUGAAGGAGGGUAUCCAUCUGCAGGAGCUCGUAUCAUACGGUCUCUUCAUAGAGACACCGAGUACCCCUGGUCUGCAGUACACUGGACAACAAGUGGGCAAAACACGGAAAAAUCGACCCCUUCAAUCGACUGGGAUCGGGUCAGGCGACGGCCAGGUGGAACGGUUGGUGGCUUUGAAGCUUACAGCCGGGAGGACCCUUUUGUUCAAAUGCAACCUAGGACAAUCAGUGCUGAGGUGGUCCUGGCACUGACCGACUGCCUGAUCAACAGUGUCGAUUCUUUUAGUUUCCGCUCGACUACUGGCAUUGAGAAAAAGAUCAGCGAUGUCCUCUCCUUCCUUGAACCACAUUGUUUGGCACCAGCUUAUUUUGACUACCUAGCUGUACGCCUCCUUCAGACGGAGAACUUUGGCUUGAGGACCGGUCCACAUGGACUGGAAAACUGGGCGCUGACGGUUUCACAUUUGCAUUCGCUCCGGACCAUGAAAGAUCGGCCAUUCCAGAAGCCCAGCCUAUCGUAUGAUUACAUACUACAGCAUACAUUGUUCCAAGCAGGCUUUUGGCACCAGGUUUUACAGGCCUACAUUGAAUCUCACCGUGCGACAAAAGCUGUUGAUGUUCUUACUCGCAUUCAACAGCUUGUGGAUACAAGCAAACUCGAAGCAAUCGGCGAGUUCAUGUCUGGUGUUGGGCGUUCCCAAGAUGGCUUCUUUACAUCCAGACCAGCCAAGCGCCAUACAGAGUAUAUCGAUUCUCAUGGCCAAAUUCCCGAAUACAAGCUGUUAUUGAUCAUCAACCUGGUGACCAGCGCCAAAUUAUUUGGCUUGAGUGACUGGCUUCUACACUCUUCAGACGUCGAUGGCCCGCUAAUACCUGUGGAAGUACGUGGACGUCCAUCCAUUGCAAGUGGCUUGAGCCGACACGCAAUCGCGAAGGACGAUUUGUUCUUGUUGAGGUCUGUAAUCGAGCAGUCCGCGAGGUCGGACAGGAAACCGACCGUCAACCUACUCAGAGCUCUGGUCAAUGCGCAAAUCCAUUUUUGUGCGUGGGACGACGUCUCAUUCCUUCUAAGACAACUCAAAUCCUCAGAAACAGGCGGUUACAGCCCGAGUAUCGUUGCCAAUCUCGCAGCCUCAAUCUUGCAGCUCGAGGUUGAGUCGACGAUUCAACAAAGAGACGGUGCUACUCAGGACCUUUUGCAGGCUGAGGAGUUAUUGGUUGAUAUAUUGUCUGGUCGUUUCAAUGGUCCGGCAUCUGACUUUACUGUGCUCCAAAGAAAGUUCUUCAGGCAACAAGUCAAAUCACUCCUCCAUGUGCUACAAGCUAUUCCAGACAGCAGCCUCGGAGAUCUCGUCGCGCCUUAUCUGGACAAGUAUCCUGUCGGCAAUCUUCCACAAUUGACCAGGGCAACUUUCAAUGUCAUAUUUUCUGCGAUUGUCGAAGUAAAAGGCGCUUUGGAAGGUCGACGGAUAUGGGAGAUAUUUUGCACACCUAAUGGUUGGGUGUCGCCCAGCAAUGACAAUACGAAGGAUCAUGUUCAACCUUCCGAGUUCGAAGAUAGCGCAGAGCCAGCUGAACUAUCAUCGACUCUAUCCACCAACUCCCCGGCCGACGACUGGUCUGGACUACCUCUGUCGACGUCCGACGAGGUCCCACGUGACGAGACUAUUGAGGUUGACUCUGGCUUUAGCGAUCCUCAAGCGGGCCAGCAAAAUGCAGAAUUGUCAUUGCCAACAGGCUUAGGAAUUGAGAACGACAGGAGCGAGGUUCCAUUUGUGUCUUCUGGGAACGACGCCACAUCGGCGAGUGGAUUCCAAACCAAUCCGGUCGUUGUACCUGAUUUGCAUACUCUGCAGAUCUUAGUGAACGCAGCGCUAGCAGAAAAGGAGGCCGAGCAUGAACUUUCCAGCGAAACACGCACCGAGCUUGACGACCUCCUUGCAUGGGCCACGGCGUUGGCGAAAAGUUGGGGUUUGUCAUCAGAUGACAUUGAAACAGAAUUGAAUAUUCCUGUGGCCUUCCAUUCCUGGUUACUUUCGCCGUACCCAGGCCUCAACAAGAAGCGACAGCGCUUUAUGGACAGGCAUGGAGCACUGAAUGUUUCUGACUAUUUCAGGAGAGGGCUACUGGUCCCCAGAUCACCUUCGGUUAGGUAUGGAUCAAUGAAGUCAGGAAAUGUACGAGGACCAUCAACGUCCAAGGUUGAAGGAACAUGA